CUGAGCCCCCCAGGUCUAUAGGAAGACGUGUCCACACUCAGGAGACAUCUGAGCCCCCCAGGUCUAUAGGAAGACGUGUGUCCACACUCAGGAGACAUCUGAGACCCCCCAGGUCUAUAGGAAGACGUGUCCACACUCAGGAGACCAAUAUUCCAUGUCCACCCACUGCAGAUGUCCACUCCAUGUCUUAUAUAGCCUUUUGUCACAUUACACACAUUGUUUGUUCUUGUAACUAUUCUCCAAUUAAAUGAUUUCAGGACUGGUGCUGUCUUGGUUUGACCAAGAUCACUGAUGAAUGUAUUAGCAUCAUAUUGGGUGUCUCAUCUCUGUGUGUGCUUUGUUGUUGUAGGGUCUCACAGCCAGAUUGAGUUUGACUUCCUGGUGCGAGGUCAGUUCCUGCGGACAUCGUUGUCAAAUCACAUGGAGGCUGAAGGCAUCUCAACGGAAGAUGUGGUGGAGAUCGAGUAUGUGGAGAGGUUCACCGCUCCCCAACCAGAGGAGUGUAUGAUGCAUGAUGACUGGAUCAGUUCAGUGGAGGCAGACUCUGAAUGGAUCCUGACGGGCUCCUAUGAUAAGACGGCCAGGAUCUGGUCUCUGGAGGGCAAGGCUGUGAUGACGGUGGCCGGACACACGGACGUGGUGAAGGACGUGGCCUGGGUCAGGAGAGAUGGCCUGACCUCCCUGCUGCUCACGGCCUCUCUGGACCAAACCAUUCUGCUGUGGGAGUGGAACUCUGAGAGGAACAAGCUGAAAGCUAGACACUGUUGCCGUGGACACGCUGGGAGUGUUGACACUAUCGCCACGGAUCCCACACGCACUAAGUUCUGCAGUGGUUCCUGGGACAAGAUGCUGAAGAUCUGGUCAGCAGUGGCCACAGAGGAGGAGGAGGAGGUAGAGGAGCCUCCCAGCAGACCCAGAAAGAAACAGAAGACUGAAC